AUUAAAAAAAGGCUUAACGAUGAUUGAUUACAUUUAAACACCACAUAAUUAUCGUCAUUAAGGUUUCGGACGACAAGUAGAUAACACCAUACUUGCUCAGAAUUCAGUACUGAAUUGUCAUCAUUCUUUGUUUUAAUGAACAUUGAGCGCUAAGUUAUUUGGAUACAAAUGGUUCUUGACGCUCAAAGUUUUUGUAUUUUCUUCACUUUGCUUCUUCUGUCACUGAUUUCUUGCGCCAAAGAAAUUUACGACAUAACUCCGUCGCGACCAUUAGCGCAGGGACAAACUCUUGUCUCGGCAGGCAACGUUUUCGAGUUGGGAUUCUUCAAUAAUUCCGCUAAUAAGUACGUGGGGAUAUGGCACAAAGAUAUACUUCCUCGAAAAGUUGUGUGGGUUGCCAACAGAGAGAAGCCUAUUGCAGCUACAGACACCUCGGCUGGUUUGACAAUCAGCAGCAAUGGGAGUUUGGAGAUUGUCGAUGGCAAACAGAAUUCUGUUUGGUCAACCAAUUUUUCGGCAACAGCAUCGAGUUUGAAUAAUAGUUCAGCAGCAGUUGCAGUUCUUUUAGACAAUGGAAACUUUGUUGUCAAAUUUAAUGUAGGAGUUGCAGCAGAUCAGUACUUGUGGGAGAGCUUUGAUUAUCCUAGCGACACGCUUCAACCGCAAAUGCUUAUGGGAUUCGAUAGUGUAUCUGGAACGAGGAAUUCGUUGACUUCUUGGAAAAGUGAGAAUGAUCCGUCAACUGGGAUGUUCUUGGUUGGACUGUCACAUGAGGAGCCAUCACAGUUGGUAGUUUGGAUCAAUGGGUCGACUCCCUACUGGAGAAGCGGGCCAUGGGAUAAAUCAAAGUUCAUCGGCGUACCAGAAAUGGAUGAUCAGUAUCGAAGCGGAUUUAAUCUCGAGGAUAAUACGCAGCAGGGAAAAAAGUACUUCUCUUUUGAUUUGUUUGUUAAAACUGUUGCAGCAUUUAUGGACAUCUCUUCGGAAGGUGUAUUAAGGCUCAUCUAUUCAAAACACGGUGAGAACUGGAAUACAUUCUGGGAAGCACCAGCAGCAAAGAAUCCAUGUGACAAUUAUGGAGCAUGUGGACCUUUCGGGAUUUGCAAAGCUUCUGGAUCUCCAAUCUGCAAGUGUUUGAAAGGAUUUGUACCGAAGUCACGUGAGGAAUGGAGCAGAGGAAACAGGGGAGGAGGGUGUGUGAGGCAAAUCAAACUGUUUUGUGAGAGUAACACAGGUCAGUCAGUUGCUUGGAGAGGAAAUGGAGACGGUUUUACGAAGAUGUCAAGUGUAAAACUACCAGAUUUUCAUGAAUUUAUUUCGUCUUUGGAUGCAGAAGAGUGCAAGAUACAGUGCCUAAAUAAUUGUUCUUGCCUGGCUUAUGCAUAUGUUAACAACAUCGGGUGUUUGGUCUGGCCCAAAGACCUAAUUGAUAUUCAGGAGUUUUCGUCUGGUGGAGAAGAUCUUUUUAUUCGCCUCCGACACACAAAAUCUGGUGAAGGAAAGCGAACAUGGUUAAUUGCCAGCCUCUCGGCUAUAUGUUUUAUCGGUGUCUUGGUUGCCAUGGUGUUCGUUUUUUGCAGAUUGCAAGCUAACCGAAGGGUUACCAAAUCAGGAAACAUCGAAGUAACAAGAAAGUACGUUGAACUGACUGAUCCGAAGGAGAAUUCAAGUGACAGCACUCUUCAAGAAUAUAUACGAGAACAUGAGCGGUCGGAUCUAUUCAUCUAUAGGUUUGACAGCAUAUCAAUUGCUACGAACAAUUUCAGCAUCACAAACAAACUCGGGGAAGGAGGAUUUGGCCCUGUUUACAAGGGUAAGCUAAAAGAAGGGAAGGAAAUAGCAGUAAAGAGACUAUCAAGUAACUCAGGGCAAGGCGUAGAAGAGUUCAAGAAUGAGAUGCUGUUGAUCUCCAAACUUCAACAUAAAAAUCUUGUUAGGAUCAUGGGAUGCUGUGUGAAAGAUGAUGAGAAGUUACUAGUUUACGAGUUCAUGCCAAACGGAAGCUUGGAUACUAUUCUAUUCAAUCCAAAGCGCCGAGCAGAGCUUGAUUGGGCCCGCCGCUUCGACGUUAUUCAGGGUGUUGCUAGAGGGCUUCUUUAUCUCCACCACGAUUCGCGUUUGAAGGUAAUACAUAGAGAUUUGAAGGUCAGUAACAUUCUCUUGGAUGAAAAUAUGAACCCGAAAAUAUCAGAUUUUGGAUUGGCACGUAUCGUUCAAGGGACACAGAAUCUAGAGAAUACUCAGAAGGUUGUGGGAACACUUGGCUAUAUGGCUCCGGAGUAUGCCAUGGGUGGUAUACUUUCUGAAAAAUCCGAUGUCUAUAGCUUUGGCGUCUUGCUGUUGGAGAUUGUUAGCGGGACAAAGAAUACCAGCUUUUAUUACCAUGAAAAACAGCUCGGCUUCCUAGCAUAUUCAUGGCACUUAUGGAACGAAGGCAGGGGAUUGGACUUAGUAGAUGAAGUCUUGGCGGAUUCAUAUCCAUCAUCCCAAGCUAUGAGAUGCGUGCAUAUUGGGCUUCUUUGUGUACAGGACAAUGCUACAGACAGGCCAACCAUGCCGGAUGUAGUUUUGAUGCUAAGUAGCGAGACAGAUCGUCCACAACCUCAGCGACCAAUAUUUACUUUCCAAAAGGCUCUAUCGAAUCCUCAAUCUCAGAAAGACAGUAUAUACUCCGCAAAUGUUGAUACCAUAACAACCAUUGAAGGACGGUAAUCUUCGCUGUACAUGAAGGAUUUUGUUGUUCUGAAGUGUUCCUACACCCAUUGAAGUUUUUCCCAAAAAGUAGAGAUUAGAUUUUACCUAAUAUUCUUUGUUUACAUUGUUACUGUUAUUGUGAAAGAUCAUUAUUCUCCCUAUCAGAGAUUGAAACAAAUCCAUGUAACAUUCAAAGCA